UCUUCCCCAGCAGGUAAUCAAGAAGAGAUUUCGAACUGGAAAAAGUAGAGUAUGCAGAACACAAGGAUACAUUACAGGCAAAGAGGAUGUCAAUAAGAGAACUCCGGACACUGAGAAUAACAAGCAAUGUUAAAAAGGAAAAUCAAUGAAGCCAGAAAUCAAAACAUUUCCAUUUCCUUCAGAAACCCACAAAAUUCUCCUUCUUCCCCAGCAGGUAAUCAAGAAGAGAUUUAGAACUGGAAAAAGUAGAGUAUGCAGAACACAAGGAUACAUUACAGGCAAAGCGGAUGCCAAUAAGAGAACUCCGGACAACUGAGAAUAACAAGGAACGUUAAAAAGGAAAAUCAAUCAAGCCCGAAAUCAAAACAUUUCCGUUUCCUUCAGAAACCCACAAAAUUCUCCUUCUUCCCCAGCAGGUAAUCAAGAAGAUAUUUUGAACUGGAAAAUUAGAGUAUGCAGAACACAAGGAUACAUUACAGGCAGUCCUUGACUUACAACACUUCAUUUAGUAACUAUUCGAAGUGACAGUGGCACUGAAAAACCUGACUUAAGACCAUUUUUCACACUUACGACUAUUGCUGCAGCCCCAUGGUCACGUGAUCUAUAUUUAAAUUCCUGGCACCUAUCUCACAUUUAUGAUGUUUGCCCUAUUCUAGGGUCACGUGAUCCCCUUUUUCAGGUUCACAGAUGUGGCUAUUGUGAGCAAAAUGUGUAUUUCAAAUCAUAACUGAGUGUUCAAGAAAUGAUCCACAUUGGAAAAAAAACAAUAUUAAUGUGGCCAAGCUUUAGUCAGAACUCCUCCUUGUGGUUGGUCAUGGAAGGACCCACAUAGGGGAGGAGCCCUACAUGUGCUCCCAAUGAAGUGAGCUUGGCAACUUGGUGAUACAUUAGAGAACACACCAGGGAGAAUCCUGAUUGUGAGAAAAGUUUCAAUCUGAAACACCAGCCUGGUAAUAUAUUAGAGGAUGCACACAAAAAAGAAAUCAUAUGAAUGUCCAGAUUGCGGGAAAGGUUUCAGUCAGAAUUCCGACCUAGUGAUACACCAGAGGACUCACACAGGAGAGAAACCCUUUGAAUGUCCUGACUGUGGGAAAAGUUUCAGUCAGAAUUCCGACCUAGUGAUACACCAGAGGACUCACACAGGAGAGAAACCCUUUGAAUGUCCUGACUGUGGGAAAUGUUUCAGUCACAAGUCCACCCUGUUGAGACACCAGAGGACUCACACAGGAGAGAAACCCUUUGAAUGUCCUGACUGUGGGAAAGCUUUCAGUCAGUAUUCCGACCUAGUGAUACACCAGAGGACUCACACAGGAGAGAAACCCUUUGAAUGUCCUGACUGUGGGAAAGGUUUCAGUCAGAAUUCCUACCUAGUGAUACACCAGAGGACACACACAGGAGAGAAACCCUUUGAAUGUCCUGACUGUGGGAAAGGUUUCAGCAAGAAUUCCCACCUAGAUAUACACCAGAGGACUCACACAGGAGAGAAACCCUUUGAAUGUCCUGACUGUGGGAAAGGUUUCAGUCAGAAUUCCCACCUAGUGAAACACCAGAGGACUCACACAGGAGAGAAACCCUUUGAAUGUCCUGACUGUGGGAAAAGUUUCAGCAAGAAUUCCCACCUAGUGAUACACCAGAGGACACACACAGGAGAGAAACCCUUUGAAUGUCCUGACUGUGGGAAAGCUUUCAGUCAGAAUUCCUACCUAGUGAUACACCAGAGGACCCACACAGGAGAGAAACCCUUUGAAUGUCCUGACUGUGGGAAAGCUUUCAGUCAGAAUUCUCACCUGAAGACACACCAGAGGACUCACACAGGAGAGAAACCUUUCAAAUGUCCUUACUGUGGGAAAUGUUUCAGUCAGAAUUCCGACCUUGUGACACACCAGAGGACUCACACAGGAGAGAAACCUUUUGAAUGUCCUCACUGUGGGACAAGUUUCAGUAGCAGGUCCAACCUGGUGACACACCAGAGGACUCACACAGGAGAGAAACCCUUUGAAUGUCCUGUUUGUGGAAAAAGUUUCAGUCACAAUUCCCACCUGGUGGUACAUCAGAGGACUCACACGGGAGAGAAACCCUUUGAAUGUCCUGACUGUGGGAAAUGUUUCAGUCACAAGUCCAGCCUGUUGAUCCACCAGAAGACUCACACAGGAGAGAAACUGUAGGAGUGUCCGAUUUGUGGGACAA